AGCCCGCUCUGCUUUCCUAAGGCACUGCGGGGAAACACGAGCCGAGAACGGCAACGGAAGACACGCAGACUCGUUUCGCACAGGCGUCCGAGCUCAGUCCGCUCCAGCCAAGGCAGCCGGGCGGGGGGUCGGUCAGAGCUGGCGCUCCGCGAGGGCGGCUGGGCGGUGAACGGUGAACGGAGGGAGCUGCGGCGGUCUGAGAGCCGGGAGCGAGAAGAAACGACACGGCGCGUUUGUUGGAGUCAAUUCAGCUCGAGAGCUUCCUGGUUUUGGAACCUGAAGAAAAAAAAACACAGCCACCCGCUGUGACGCGGCAGAACGCCAGCCCGCGGAACGUAGAACGCACGCGGACAGCAAAAAGAACGUUAUUGAAGGUUCAAACUUAAACACUCUUUUCCGUUAUUUGUGCCUUUUCUAACGGCUCUGCCUCCUUUUCGGCCGAGCCGCGAUGUUUUUCCGCUAGUGGAGGGUGAAAGCAGCCGCAAGGCGAAGGAGAAGGCAGACGCCCUAACCUAGGCGGCUUUCCCGGGCGGGCCACCGAUGGGUCAGCCAGGCUGGAGGGGGGUCUGGAGCCGGGCCUGGUGCCAGGACGCCGAGGUGGAGCCCGACCGAGAGCGGCUGUGGGCCGAGCUGUUCGAGGAGCUGGACUUGAACAAGGACGGGCGGAUCGACAUUGCGGAGCUGAGGACGGGGCUCGCAGCGCGGGGACUGCUUCCUAACACCUCCGUGGAAGAGCAGAUUGUUCGAGCGGGGGACACUAAUCAAGAUGGCCAGCUGGACUUUGAGGAGUUCACGCAGUACCUGUGCACACAUGAGAAACGCCUUAGACUCAUGUUCAGCGGCCUGGACCGCAACAACGACGGUCAGAUAGAUGUCGGAGAGAUCCAGCUGUCAUUACACGCUGUAGGAGUGGAUGUUACUUAUGAGGAAGCAUCCAAAAUCCUACAAAGUAUGGAUAAAGACGGCACUAUGACCAUCGACUGGGUGGAGUGGCGCGACCAUUUUCUGUUUAACCCUCUGCACAGCAUGGAGGACAUCGCUCACUACUGGAAGCGCUCUGUGAUCUUGGACAUUGGAGAGCACCUGACGGUUCCUGAUGAGUUCUCAGAGAAGGAGCGAAAGUCAGGGUUUGUGUGGAGGCAGCUGAUGGCCGGAGCAAUGGCUGGAUCUGUGUCCAGAACAGGCACAGCUCCACUGGACCGACUCAAAGUCUUCCUACAGGUUCAUGGUCAGAGCUCUGAUAAGGGCAGCGUGUGGAAAGGUCUAAAGGACAUGGUAAAGGAGGGUGGGCUCAGAGCCCUUUGGAGGGGAAAUGGAAUUAAUGUCCUCAAAAUCGCCCCAGAAACAGCCAUCAAGUUCCUCGCGUAUGAACAGAUUAAGAGGCUGAUACAUGGCAGUAAAGAUGGAGGCAGUCUAAAAGUGCAGGAGAGAUUCAUCGCAGGAUCACUAGCAGGAGCCACUGCACAGACUAUUAUAUAUCCUAUGGAGGUGCUAAAGACUCGCCUGACGCUGCGCAAAACUGGUCAGUACUCAAGUGUGGUGGACUGCGCUCGGCAGAUCCUGCAGAAGGAGGGCGUGCAAGCGUUCUAUAAGGGCUACAUCCCCAACAUACUGGGCAUCAUCCCCUACGCAGGCAUCGACCUGGCCGUCUAUGAGACUCUAAAGAACGCAUGGUUGCAGAGACACAGGGGUGAUUCGACUGAUCCAGGUGUUUUGGUGCUGGUGGGCUGCGGAACUGUUUCGAGCACGUGUGGCCAGCUAGCCUCCUACCCGCUUGCCCUUAUACGCACACGAAUGCAGGCUCAGGCCUCAGUGAAGGGAGGUCCUCAGCUCUCCAUGCUGUCUCUGUUCCGCAGCAUCGUGGCUCAGGAGGGCGUGGUGGGGCUUUACCGCGGAAUCGCCCCAAACUUCCUUAAGGUCAUCCCCGCUGUCAGCAUCUCCUACGUGGUAUAUGAACAUAUGAGGAAAGUACUGGGGGUGGGAGAAAGAUAGAUAGAUAGAUAGAGAGAGAGAAAGAGAGAGAGAGAGAGAGAGAGAAAGAGAGAGAGAGAGAGAGAGAGAGAGAGAGAGAGAGAUUGAUGCAGGUCUAAACAUUUACUUCAUAGACACUGAAGAGAGAGACGUUAUUUUUAGAGUCAUCGUUUCACUCCUUACAUUAGUGGAUGGACGGAGGAUGGAAUGACAAAAUAAGGAAUAAGAAUGAAAGGAAAAAUCCACUCUGUUCCUGAAAGAUCUGAAUAAGACGUGAAAUGACCAAAGGCCGUCCCUGAGUGUACAUUUGCUCCUAAUGAGGACCAAAGGAAGGACCAAGUUAUGUCCAUUAUGUUUAGCAAUCAAGAGGGCUACACAGCAGCCAUUUAGAGAACUUAUCAAUAUUAAAACAAAAAUCAAAUAUGCAAACUGGGAAGGUGCUUUUUCAACGUUUUAUGAACUAAAAAUAAUCACAUGGAACGGUUUGUGUUAGGUGACUGUAUAGUGCUCUCUUCACUGUUAUCUGUUUAUUUUCGGUUGUUUGUGUUAAUUUGUCUUGUUUGGUCAACAGGGUCCUGAUAUUCAGGCUCACAGACCAUGCUCAUCUGGAGGUGAAAUGAUGAAAGUGUAUGUUUAUAUCAGUAUAAAUGAGCAUGUGGUAUAUUUUUAAUGUGUGUGUGUAUAACCCCGUACAUGCACUGCAUAUAGCACCAGUCAAACGUUCAGACUGAAUGUAUGUUUUUCAUAAUUGUAAAGACAUUUAGAUCAAAAUGCUUAUGCUUAAAGGGCCCAUAUCAUGGAAAACUGGAUUUUCCUUACCGUUUGGAAAUGAAAGAGUUUAAUGUAGUGCAUAAACUGUAAUAAAUUUAAGUCGUACAAUUCAUUCGCCCGUCCAUAUAUGGAAACAAAGCUGUAAAAACAGACCAUUUUCACAUAUUUACAUAUAUAAACCUAUUCAGUCUACAGCAGUGCACCUUUUUUGAACGAGGCACGAUACAGGGCAGCCAAUUAGAACAUGUAUAUAUUAGUACUAAAGGCACAGUAACAAAAUUUAAGGUUGGGCAAGUAAAAAUGAAUCAGUGCAAUUUUUGAUGCAAAACACCACAUAAACAUAUGUGGACCAAGAGAAAAAGUCAAACACUGAACAAAAUGUAGGAUAUGGGCCCUUUAACUGCUUGAAAUGUGUUUCUAACACAAAAAUAAAAUUGACGUUAAAGGCACAUGUAAUAACAUAUUCAGUCGAGAUAAACACAGUCAUUGAGAGUGGUUUGAUGUGAAAUGGUUCAUUAUAGAGAAACUUACUGACUCUGAUUUCUUUACAGUGGUGGUGAUAGGAAACAGGAACCUACAUAUAUAUAUAUAAUUUUAUUUAUUAUCCAAAAACCACCUGUGAAUCUACACAAGUCUUCAGUUUAAUUUGUGAUGUUGAUGAUGGCAAUUAUGGAUGGUGGAAAUUAAGUAUUCUUUGGGGACUGUUUUGCCAUAUAAUACCUGAAUGUACCUUUUUAAAAAAUAGUACAUUUUAGGCCAAAAUCUUCUCAGAACUAUUGUGAAACAAUGUCUCAGACAUUAGAAAGCGUAUUUACAACCAUAUCAUGCUUUUAUAGUAUAGUUCUGACUCGGUAAGUUUCUCCAAAACAGAGAAGCACUCUGAAUGACUCUGUUCACAUCUUAAUUAUGCAGAAAUGUUACCAAAUCAGUGGAAUCCCCUAUUUAACACCUUUUCAAUUACUGCUUAAUUCCAUGUCUUAUUUCAUUGCUUUGUUGAACCUGAAAUGUGAAACAGUAGAAAGGCUCCAUGAGUAGGUGUCCGAACUGUUGACUGGUGCUGUAUAUCAGACAAUGAAAUCUAUUUUCUUAAGGAUGGGGUGGAGCUUUGAGAGCGGGGGGGAAGUUGGUGCAGGGGAAGCUACUUUUGUCCUCCGAACCCCCAACUGACCCUUCAGCUGAAAGUGCCUCUCAUAGAGAACGCAGUGUGAAUGUGGGUUGGACUAAGCAUUAACUAGCCUUCUGAGAGCCUAGUGGAACAGUGAUGGAGUGCCACCUGGUGGUGGAUGAUGAGCCUGUGUUCCAGAAUGAGCCUGAGAUCUAAAACGAGUUCCAAUUCUAGAACAGAACCCUCGCCCGGUCUGGGCGAAUCUAGAACGAAUUUGAAGUUCUACAGCUUCUCUCCAACACUGAAGAAAUCUGCAGUCCGCACAAGAUAAAGACUUUCUUUACCCAUAUAAUUGUGUUCUUUUUUCUGGGAUUGUUGAACUCUAGGCCUGCUAGAACAGUUAAUACAAGUCCAGGGAAUCAUUUCACAAAGUAAGCUUUCUCAGUUAGCCUGAUAGCUGAAAAGAGUACUCCUGUUUUUUCAACCUGAUGUCUAUCUGCCGAAUCUAUAUUCUACUAUUUAAAACCACAGACAGUGUGUUUACAUGCACUCAAUAAUCUGAUUAUAAUCGGAUUUCUGCAGUUAUCUGAUUAUUGAAAUGGUCAUCUAAACAGCACACUCUGAUUUCUUGGAUCGGAGUAAGGUCUAGAAAUACGAUUAAGAAAUCCGAUCUGGAUUUUAGCUCAAUAAUCAGAUUUCUCAGUGCAUGUGAACUCUACUUACUCUGAUUUCUUUUGGAUUUCUCAGUCUGCGCAUGUGUGAAAACAGAUGGCGGUACCAGAAAUAAGCGAGCAGCGUCGCCGCGAGACGCAGCAAAACAUUUUUGGAGUGACACUGAAACCAAAUACAUGCUUGAUGAAAUGAAGGAUUUAAAUAUUCUUCUAUUCUUCUUACUAGGAGCCUGUAGCCUGACUUCACAGUGAGCUUUAGCCUCUGUAUUAUUUUAAGAAGUGAUUUAUAGUCUGGUAACACCUAAUUUAUUAAACCUAUACCAACAUUUAUUACCAUACCACACCACCAAUACUUUGAUCCCUGAUGGCUGAAGGGCGCUGGUAUGUAGCACCGAUUUUACAAGCGAUUAUACAGUUAAUUCACAAAUGCUUUUAACUGAAGAAUUCAUGGAUUGGCUCAUUCAGAUGCUUUACUGAUGGAAUUAAGCAGCUGCCCUUUGGCUUCUGUUGUAAUGCAGUUUCGAGUUGGGCUUUCGUUUCAUUUCUAAGUACAGGUGAAGUGACCGUAUCAUUACAGACCAGGCAGAUGGAGAUUAGGUUGAAAAUGCUGGCCUUUGAGUCACAUCUGUCCAAUAGGAGAAGAAGUUAAAACACUCCUAUUAGGAAGUCAUCACCAGUUUACUGAAUAGUCUUGCUUUGUGAAACUUGUGCCUCCCAGGUCUCAUUAGAGUCACUGUGGGCUUCCCUCUGUCCUGCCAGGCUGACAGAGAUCAGCUGAAUCUCUGUGUGCAUGACCUCAUGACCUAAAGGCCACAUAGGCCUCUGCUGCAUUUAAUGUGACUGAAGUAUCUGAUGCAUGGCAAUACAUAGCGUGUACGUGUGAUUUGAAACCAAACAAUAACAAGAGUGCAAUGAUAAACGAGACAAAAAAGAGAAAAAAACACUACUUUUUUACAAUAGUAUUUGAAUUAAACAGGAUUUGAUAUCACUGAAAAAAAUAUAUAUAACGUUUUUAGCCUGUGUUACGGUAUGAUUUAAUUACGUACUUCUUCUUCUUUCUUUCUUUGGUUGCUUUGAAAGGGCCUCAGUAUUCAGAGGAAAAAUGUGAUAGUUUAUAGCCACACUGGGAACAAACCUAAGCUUUUAUUUAAAUCUUUAAACAGUGGCAUUGCUGUUUGUUUCAGAAUUUUGAUCAAAGUGUUUCUACUUUUAUGAGUAUAUUAUAAAAUGCUUUUUGAGAUUUUUGCCUGAAAACCUGUUUUGUGGUUGAAUGCAUGCUAAAGGCUGUAUGUAAAUUAUUAAAUUAAGAUUUUAAGAAGUCUG